AUGGUUUUGACCAUUUUUCUGAUUUUUCAACAAGUUCAAGGUGAUUUUUGGGGGUUUCUAGGCCACGGCCUAAUUUUCGGGUUAAGGUUUCUCGGCCACCGAGGUUCAUUUUUUGUCUAGAAUUUUCGAAAAUAGAUUUUCUAGGCCACGUUUUUUUUCAAAUCCUAGGCCAUUUUUCAUUUUUUCCCGCGCACCUGAAAACUGGUUUUUGCCAUUCCUUCGAUCUUGACCAAAAUUUUCAAAACCAUGCCUUUUUCAAAAUUUUUGGAUUUUCAGAUUUCCCAUGAUUUGGGCUCUCUGGAAAUGUAAUUUUUCCUGGGGAAUUCUGAUUUUGAAAUGUAGAAAAUAGAAAAAUUCAAUUUUCUUGAGGGAGAGAAACAUUUUUGUUUGUUUGUUUUUGGAGAGACGCAGAGAAAAAUAAGAAAACUGGUUUUAGUUUUUUUUUUUUGAAAAAGAAAAUUUCUAGGCUACAGUCUACUUGAUCGUGUUUAUCAUAAAAACGAUAUUCGAAAUCAACUCCCGGAUUUUCGAACUUCAGACGCUGAUGUUGGAAUAAGAUCGGUAAGAAAUUCCCUGAAUUUUCGGGCUGAAAAUAUGAUUUUCAGCAUCAUUUUGUUGGAACUUUUCGCGGAAAUCCCAUCAAAACUCGACAAAAUCAUGUUUUUAUUGAUGAUAAUGGGUGAGUUUUUGAAUUUUUGGAAGAAAAUUUGAAUUUUCAAUGAAAAAUGGAUAGAGCUUGAAAUUCUUCAUAUAAAUUUCUCCUGAAAAACGUUUAAAAAUGAAAACGCGAAAAAUAUAUUUUUUUUAAUUAUAUACCGUAGUUGUUUUGUCGCGGCGAGACCCUGUGUGUAUUUCAGCUGCUGCGCCUUUCAAAAACUACGGUAUUUGUUUGUUUUUUAACGGAUUUUCAAUUUUCUGCAUGAAAAAAGGUAGAAAUCAACUGUUGAUAACAAAUAGAAGAAUGGAAAUAGUCUAACCCUGUUUAAAGCAAGAAACACUAUAAAAAACGAUUUUCAAGUGUUUUAUUGAGGAAAAACCUAUUUUUUGGUUGAAAAUUACGAAAAUCGAGUUCUAAUUCACUUUUCUCCUGUUAUUUUAAGUUGAAUUUCUCGUUUUGAUCAAAAAUAGCCACCAAAUUUGGUGCAAAACACACCAAAAACCCCGAAAAUCCCCCACAAAAACAACGCACUCUCGCCCCGCCCUCUCCACACACAAAACAUGGCAGCGCGCACAACCCGUCGUGCGUCGGUGAACGCACACAUUUAUAUUUCGGCGAGUGGGCGACUCAUAAACUUACCUGGUUGGGGAUACUCCGCGAUCAACAAGGCGGCGUUCCUAUGGCGAGGCCUAUUCAUUGCACUUUCGAAUGGGCUGACCUGUAUGGCAAUCUCGAGUUGAGAUUCGCCAACAACUAAAUUUUUGCGUUCUUCGGGAACUUCGGUUCCUGAAAAGUUCUGGACUCCAGAAAAAUUCUGGAAGUAGUUCACUAUUUUUUGCAGAGUUCCCAUCCCACUUCUUCCAUUCCACGACUUCUCCAAAGAAUCUCCGGAGCCCAUCAAAAAUUCCCAACUCAUGGCACAUCAUCUGAAUCGCCAACACAAAUUGAGAAGGCUCGGGGCGCAUAUUUGA